AUGAUUUUGUUUAAGCUCAAGAAAAAGAAAGAGGAAUCAAAUUUCAUAGUAUUAUCAACCAUUACAAAUAUGAAUCAAAAACACGAAUGA